GUGGCGAAUGCAAGUGGUGCCGGGGAAGUGCCUUCAUCGAGUGCAGAAGAUGUGUUUAGUUCAGCCGAACGAGACUUAACGGUGGCGGUAGCCAAGGCGUAUGAACUGCUUCUGGAGAGAAAAAGUUGUUUGUCUGUAUUGGAGGAAGAAAUAAAAUUGUGCGAUGACAAUUCUUUGCGUGCUAAAGAAACAGCCACAAAUAUGGUCAGUCGUGUUGAAGAGAUUAAGAAGGAAACGAAAGGAGGUGAACUUGAUGUCGAUGGUGCUGUGAUUGAGGGUCUUAAAAAACAAGUCCAGGAUGCUAAGAAAACAAUAGAAAAAUACGAACAUGCUGUCGCUGAUACUACGUUUUUUGUCAGUAAUAAAAGGCACGCGAAAAAGCCUUGUUGGGUUUCCCGUGGUAACGAUAAUGACGUGGUAAGGCAAGUUAAACGGAAACAUUUCUAUUAUUUAACUCUACGAGAGGAGGAGGAAUAUACGACACCAGAAAGAAAAGCACUCACUGCAAACAGUACUAAAACAUCUGAAGAGUUGUCUACUCUCAACAAUAAACUCUUGGAUACUUUACGGCGGGGUCGUGUUGCCAAGAAGAAUGCUGAAACACAAAUGAAGAAAUCGGGCGAGGCAUUGAAAAAAUCACUUAAAGAACUCGGGGAAAUUGAACGAAAACUCAAAGCUAAAAAAGAGAAGGAAAACCUCGAAAGGGUUGGAGAUGAAGUCGAAACGAUUGCAGCAGUACGCAAGGAAAAACCUGAUGGGGUCACAGCAGAAAGCGAACCGAACAUCACAAAUGCACAAAAGGAACCAAAAAUUACAGAAAUUAAGGAUAAUCAGAAGGGGGCUGAAGAAGAAGUGACUCCUCCAAUUGAGAAGGAGGAGAAAAGGGCUGAAGAAGGGGCAGGAAUGAAGAGUGAAGAAGAGGAGAAAAGGGCUGAAGAACGGACAGGAAUGAAGGGUGAAGAAGAGGAGAAGAGGGAAAGUGUUAAAGCAGAGAAGGGAGACGAAGAAAAAAGAAAAGAACUGGAGAUACUGGCUGCACAAGAACGAGCGAAAAGAGCUAAAAAUGAACAGUAUAGAUUGGCUGCAGAAGAAUGGGAGAAACGAGUUAAAGAGGACCUGGAGAGACUGGCUGCACAAGAACGAGCGAAAAGAGCUAAACAUGAACAGUAUAGAUUGGCUGCAGAAGAAUGGGAGAAAAGAGUUAAAGAGGACCUGGAGAGACUGGUUACAAAGGAACGGGCGAAAAGGGCAAAAGAGAAAGAAGAGACUACCACAGCAGGAAGCGUGGCGGAAAGCAAUAAAGACAACGAUAAUAUGAUCGGAAAACAAACAACUGAAACUCCUAAAAAACCGAAUGAAAGAUUAACGCCAGUAUCAGAUGCUCCACGCAGUCGUUCUCUCUCACCGAAUCACCCCAAAAAGAAAGAUGGCACUGACAGUCCUGCAUUGGUGCACAGUCCCUUACUGCUGCUGCUGCUGUGUGUGCUGGGCUGCACUCUCGUGUGCUGA